AUGGAACGUAAGAAAGGAAUGCCACUAAUAAAAAGUGAGGAUGAACUUUCAAAAUGUAUUGAAAUAUUAAGAGUAAAAAGACAAGAAAUUCAUGAGCAAAUUAUAAAGGAAGAGGACAAAGAACGAAUGCAGAAAGAGAUUGCUAUGCUAAAUGAUAAAUUGCAAGAAGUUUGUCAUAGUAUAGCAAAAAAAUUACAAACACGUUUAGAAUAUGAUAGAACAAUAAAAGAAACAUCAGCUGCUUACACAAAAAUAAGGGAAUCAGCUAAAUCAUUAUUACAUAUUUUAAAAAGAGAAGAAAGUCAUCUUGGAAAUAAAUUAUAUAGUGGAACAUCUGAAGAUGAUUUAAGAUCCCUUAGAGAAUUGAGAAAUAUACAAAAUUGA